AACUCUUUCACUUUGCAGGGGGNNACCUUGGUUUAAUGGGACUGACUGGUGAGGUUGGAGAUCCUGGUGAAAAAGGAGAUAAAGGAGACGUGGGUGAACCAGGUCCUCGAGGACCAAAGGGUGAACAGGGUGUUGAAGGACCUCAGGGACCAAUGGGACCAGAAGGUCCCCCGGGUCCACGGGGAGUCCCAGGACCACCUGGACCACAAGGUCCACGUGGAGACACUGGCAUCAAGGGAGAUAUAGGACCUGCAGGACCACCUGGACCUCCAGGACCAGAAGCAAGUGCAGCAUACCUGCAAGCUUUGUUGGAUCAAGGCAUCCUGAACAUCCGUCCAGACCUCUACCCCAAUUUCUCUCCAGACUUCCCAGGAGGGACUUAUGCCCCAUUCACUGCUGCCCCUGGAGGUGGUGGUGGUGGACCAGGGGAAGCCAGUAGUAGUGGCAGUAGCUAUGAAGGAUCAGUCAAGAGACGUAGGAGAGCAGCUGGUGAUGACCCGUUUGCUGGCAUGGAUCCAGACACUGGUCCUUACAAAGAGUUUGAAGACAAUCAGAUACCUGAGAGUGCAGAGGACUACUUCUAUUCUGAUUACGGAGAAUUACCAGAAGCCUACAUGGAAGCCUUGGUGCAGCUCUUCACAUCUCUUCGUGCACUGAAAGAGGAGAUGGAACAGAUGAAAAACCCCAUUGGUUCCAUCAAGAACCCUGCUCGAACCUGCAAGGACCUGUAUCUUAGCCACAAGGAUUUCCCAGACGGUCAUUAUUGGGUGGAUCCCAACCAGGGAUGUACCAAAGAUGCCUUGGAGGUCUUUUGCAACAUGACUGCUGAAGGAGAGACCUGUAUCUAUCCUGAUCAACAAGGAGAUGAUCCUGAGGAUUACCUCCAGGAAGAUGUGUUGCGAGGUUACCGAAAAAGCAAGCCAGGCUCAUGGUUCAGUGAAACAAAGUCAAGUCCGCUUACCUACAGCAGCAUCAGCACUGUUCAGCUGACUUUCCUACGGCUCCUCAGCACCCAUGCUACCCAGAAUUUCACCUACCUGUGCAGUCGCAGUGUUGGCUGGUAUGACAAAGAAGAAGGACACUUUGACAAAGCCAUUAAACUACAAGGAGCUAAUGAGGAUGAAUUUGGCUACGGUACUCUUUUGGAGCCAACAGUCCUUCUAGAUGAAUGCAAGAAUAAGCCUGGUAAAGGAGAGACAGUUCUGUUUGUCAACACCACCAAGCUGCAGCAACUCCCCAUCAUCGACUUUGCAGCCUAUGACUUUGGCCAACGGUCUCAAAGAUUUGGUUACAAGGCAGGUCCUGUCUGCUUCAACUAAAGGGCAUGGCCUAGCAGCUGUCAUUCUUAUAUAAAAACUACAAGUGCCUUUUACCAGUCACCCUUGUGUGGUGGUAAGGGACUUCUGUCUUUAAACAAUGGUGCUAUUCAUAUUUGUGAUUUUGUAUUAACUCACCCACGACAAAUGGAGGAGGGGUCAUUCUAGGAAGCUACCUUUAAACACACAAAUUAUACCCCAAAGAAACUUGCCGUAGCUGAUUGAAUUCUUCUAGAUUUGUUAAUGGUAGUGAAACUUACAGUAGAUUCUAGAGACAUUUGACAUUGUCCACCUUAACUAAAGUUAUUAUGAAUCAAUAUUGUUGCUCACUGCAUAUGUACAUGUACAUUUGAUCUAAUACUGAAAGCAGAAAUUCAGACUUAAGACCAGCAUUCUUCCCAUGUUUCUUUUCCAAAUUUCUUCCAUUGUAUGUAUUAUCUUAAAGAAACUUGGGUAUUUUUAUUCUAUUUUUUUCUAAUGAAUAGCUAGUAGGUUGUUAGAAAUAAAUUUUUAUAUUUUGUGUGGUUGAAAAGAUUUUCAGCUUUUUAUUCGAGUGAAAUUGAAAUUCACUUUCGUCUUGAAAACAAAUAUGAAUGGUUCUUGCACAAAAUGACCUCAAUCAUGCUGCCAUAAUUAUAUAGUAAUGGGCUACUUAUUACACUUCUCUCUUUCAAUGAAAGAAAUGUUUUAGGUCUAAUAUUAAUUUCUAAAGCACGCUUUUCAUUCUGUAGUCCUUUCCUCUGUUUUGACCUUAUUCAUUUUCUUUAACUUUCCACGCCUAGAUCUUUUGGUAUUCUCAACUUUAACCAAAUAUAUCUGAAGAUUGCAAACUUUCCAAGCAUUUCUAUCUCAUGUGUACUCUUCAUGGUUUCUGGAUAACCACACUCCCCCCUAGUCACUGUUUUUUUCUCCAUUUUUACCCACCUAAUCUUAAUACACUUCUUACCUAUUUCGUGGUAAAUUUCUACUAUUGUGGCUUGUACAUUAUUUCUGAUCAAUGAAUUCAGCGCCUGUAUUAGCAUGCCCCCCCGUACCAUUCUUCUUGUAGUUCUAGACGCCCCUUGGCGGUCACUUAGAUGUUGUAGGUUUCAGGUUGCUUUUUUUAAACUUUGCAUGUAUUCCCUUUGUAGUUUGUAUAUGUAAUUUUUGUUCAAACAAAUGACAAGUUUAUUAUCCGUUUUAUGGAGGGAUAUUGAUGUAUAAUUGUAUCUCGUGUUGAAGCAUAGCCAAUACAGCUGUAACAAUAAAACUGAAAAUAUUCUUCCCAUCGGCACCGCAUCAGAAUAACUACCUGUAGUUAAGACUGCUAUCAUAAAAAUAUUCUAUGAAUGGUAUUCCAUUCACCAGCCAGUCUUACCAUUGUCUUCAUGGCAACUCCCUAUCACCAAUAGAAAAUCAGUUGGAUCUUCUAAGCAAACUGAAUAUUUUAACGAUUUAGAGUGCUAAUAUAAUGCCAGUCAUAUUAAUAUUGGUGUAAAAUCUAAAGCAAAACAAAAGUUUGAAUUGCUAACUAAACAGUUGAAUACACCUGCUUAGCAUUUUUCAAGUCAUUAUGGUUGCUUUGACUCCAACGUUUCAGUUUUGUUCUGUUUUUUGGUUGUUUUUGUUUGUUUUUUUGGGGGGGUAUUCUUAUGAGGUGCCGAAAACAUAGUUAUAUUUUUUAAUGUCAAUGAAUCCAGAAUACAUCACUUAUCAGAUCGAUUAAACUUUAUGACUCUCCAACCAGCAAAUACAUUUAUAAUGAUAUCACACAGAUGAUGCUGUACUUUUUCAAAUGCACAAAGUUGCACAACGAAAUUGGUAAGUAAACACUAAACAUGUUUUAUCAUGUGUUAUUGUCGUUCUCUUUUAAGCUGUGUAGUUGUCCAAGUUGCAGUAUUUAUCUUUUUCCAUCAAGUAUUUUGCUUUUGAAGAUUUGCGACAGCACCAUGUGACUAUCUCUUUGGGGAGAUGUCUGGUUCUGAAAAGAACCGAUGAGUGGUUAAAAUUUGACAUUUCGAUCAAUACGCUGUGAUCAUCUUCAGAUCUUCAUUUCCUGACGAUAGGGCAUACCGGUCAAAAUGUCAAGUAUGAAGCACUUACCUCUUCUUUUCAGGACACACAUCUUCCCAUGGGAGAUAGUUACGUGUUAGCACACAAACCUCCACUAGUUUAUACCACGACCAUGCAAAGUUUCAUGUCUUACUUGGGUAUUUCUCUAUCGGCACAUAACUUAGGCAAAACAACAAAAUUCAAUGCAUUCAUCCCUGUGUUGGAAUUUCAGUGACACUGUCAUUCCAUUUAGAUGUAGUAUGAAACUCGCCAAACGUAUUAGCAUAUAUAGGAGUGUCUGUAUAUUAUCCGUAUUUUAAUAACACAAACAGGGUGAUCCGCCAAUUCUUUUCUACCUCUCACACCAAACGUCUCUUUCCAGAGGUCUCCAAAGUCACACCUUAGUGUAUAAGUGUGUCUCCAGGAAGCAAACAAAUUAUUUAUCUCGCAACAUUAAUUAGCGCCAUUCCUUUCUUUUUUUGAGCUAACCAAACUGAAAAAGAGAGCAAUUGUGUUAGGAUUAUUUUAUAUCAACUUCCAACAGACAAGAUAAUCCUACAUACGUUUGGCCUGGUCAGUCUAUGUAUAUAACUAUGGAGCUGUGUACUGCGUUCAGUCGUUGUGACGUGUUUAGUUCGUCCAUGUUUGUAGACGAUUAAUAAAAACAAAGGCCUGUGAUUGCUCUAUAGA